AUGGUGAUUUCAUCCUCUCUCGUUACAGCCAUGAAGCUUCUUCAGUCGCUCAGCACAUGUGUGCUCGCACUCUCUUCCCUCGUCAGCGCAGCAAGCUUCAGCAAUCCGCUCAAGCAGAAGGAUGGCUCAGACCCUCACAUCGCCUACACCAAUGGCUACUACUACAUGAUGACGACGACAUGGACGAACCUUUCAAUCACGAGAGCGAAGACGCUUGGAGGCUUGAAGACAGGGGAGACAAAGGUUGUCUGGACCGACUCGAACCCUGACAGAUGCUGCAACAUGUGGGCACCGGAGCUGCACUACCUCGAUGGUGCAUGGUACAUCUACUAUACUGCCGGCCGCAGUGGUACCGACAACCUGGAUCUCCAGCGCCCUUAUGUGCUCAAAGGUGGUGCGGACCCAUUCGGGACAUACACCUACCUCUCCCAACUGACCAACGUAUGGGGUAUCGAUGGCUCUAUCGUUCGUUUCAGCAAAUGGGGCAACUACUUCACCUGGUCUUGCUUCUCCGGCGCCCUUCAGUCACUUUGCAUCGCACCCAUGACUUCACCUGGCAAACUCGGUGCUACCAAGAUCCUCUCUACACCUACUGAGUCGUGGGAAACCAAUGGUAGCCCUGUGCAAGAAGGCCCAGUUGCUAUGUACCACGGUGGCAAGACCUACAUCGCUUACUCGGCAAGCUUCUGCUGGACACCCAACUACAGCUUGGGUCUGCUCACCUGGAAUGGCUCGGGUGACCCGGCGCUCAGUGCGAGCUGGAAGAAGAGCGAUGGGCCUGUCUUCACCAAUGCCAACGGCAACUACGGGCCAGGUCACAACGGUUUCUUCACCAGUCCCGAUGGCACGGAGAUAUGGAACGUUUACCACGCUACUGCUAUUCAGACUGGCGCCUGCGACGGCAACAGGUACACGAUGGCGCAGAAGGUCAACUGGAACGCUGAUGGCACGCCAAACUUUGGAACUCCUAUCAGGCCAGGCGCCACACUUGCUGGGCCUUCUGGAGAGUAG